CUACUCCAAUCCAAGCUCCAAUUCGAUUACUCGAGCUCGAACUCGGAGGCGCUGAUUGGUCGUCAAGCGGUCGUCUUUCUCGCUCUUGGAGAGAGAUGCACAUUAUCUGCUGUCUCUCUCGCUCUCACUUUUACGUUUCCCCCUGCAUCGUCCCUGCCCGGCGCAUUGUGCGACGAAGGAUUGAAGGAAGUGUUUUUGACGUGUCGUCAGCUGUCCGCGCAUGAAUGCGAUUGCGAGCCCGUGCCAGUCCAGUCCGUGGGUUGUGAGUUUGAGCGAUCGCGGAGCACGCUGUGCGCGCUUUUGCGCGGACCUGUACCACUGACGUCUGACGUCCGUGACGCGGGCGCGGGCGUCUCGGUCGUACACGUGCGCAGGUGGUCAAUUAACAAUGGUCCAGAUAUGAGAGAGGAGUCUGGGAUUUAGACGCUCGUUCCGGCUCGAAUUAUCGGCAAAUCGUACGGUGAACGGCCGCGCGGGCCGUGCCGGGAACCCCUCGUCAUGGAGGUAGGCGAGACGGCGUGUGACAACGACAAGGAGACGAUGGACGGCGAGCGGCGGCGGCACUGCGAGAGCGACGAGGUCGAGAACUCGGACGAGAGCAGCGAGAGCAGACCGUCCGGGGAGAGGUGGGCCCCGGUCGGCGCCAACGACGGCGACAAUGAGUUCGCGGACGAAUACAAAUACGUCAACGCCAACGUGGAGAACCUCGCGUAUGACAUGGAGAGGGUGAAACUGCUGGAGGAAGAACAGGAGAUGCUCAACUCGUCUUUGAUAGCGUUAACCACCCACUUUGCUCAGGUUCAGUUUCGUCUUCGACAAAUCGUGGAUGCGCCAACCAGCGAGAAGGAGACGUUGCUCAAGGAGUUGGAGGAAUUUGCAUUUAGGGGAAUACCGGACGUUCCGAAUAGCUUAUUAUUAGAGAGCGGAUCUGUCACGCCAAUCUCCCCCGUAUCCUAUGAUGUGACUGGUGUAAUCGCUGACGCGGAAGUCGAAUCCAAAAUGGCAUUGCAACGAACAAAACAGAGAGAACUGAUAAGCCAGUUGAAAUCUCAGUUGGAGGAUCUGGAAAAAUACGCGUACGAGACGGGCGACGCCGAUCUACCGCAGAGCGUUAUUCUGGAGAGGCAAAAUAUUAUAAUCAGUCAUUUGAAAGAGAAGUUGAACUUCGACGUCGACGAUCUGUGCAAAUUACCGGCGGACGAUCUUAGGUGGCAAGUCGAUUAUGCCAUAAGUCAAAUCGUCAGCCCAUUGAAGAUGAAGGAGCAGCUGGUCUCCCAACUCAAGACGCAGAUCGCCGAUCUGGAGCGUUUCAUAAACUACCUUCAAGGCGAAGUCAGCACGGAGAGUUUAGCGUGUACGUGCGCGUGUCCGGUACACGCCAGCGGUUCCGGGACCUCGUCGGCCUCCUUUGGCUCCAAGCGGCGCUUUGACCGUGGGAGACCCAUCCAGGAUGAAGCAGGUGCCGCCAAUCAAACUAGGACCUUGAACACCGUGCGUAAGGUGGUCGCGCUUUUGCACAUGUUCCUGAUGUCGCAGUUGGGUUGUGGCAGCGAACGGAUGCGACGGAACUUUGGCGGUAAGAACCCGGUGCAUAAUUGGCGCGAUCUGCGUACCCGACUGGACAUCGCCGUGGAGCACGUGCUCGAGACGAUCGCGGAAACGUCGCGGCAGCAGCAGCAGCAGCAGAGGCAUGCCGACGACGAGGAGGAUGUUGAUGAUAUCGACGACAAUGAGAACGAUUACACGUCCGACUCGGACUCGGCGUCGCACGCGAAUGCGAAGCUCACGUCCGCCGUGAGAAAGCAUCUUGCCACCUCGGUCAGGGAUCUCAUGCAGCACGGCCUGACCGCGGAUGUGCUGCGUUCCGGGUCCAGCGUGGUGCCGUUUGUCGGCUGCUUCCCGCAGCGCGGUAUCACGCCGACGAAUUUCAUGCACGCCUGGGAGUUGAUAUUGAAAUACUAUGAGAUCAAACACGGACGCCGUUACAAUUCCAGCCCCGCGCAGAAGCUGUCGCAGAGCUUCAACCUGGACCUCGCGGCCGGGAGAAUAGCCUCCUCGAAACAGAGUUUACUGACGACUAUAGGUAACAUCAUCGCUUCUCACAGUCCAUACAAACGAAGUUACGACUCGCAUUUCAAGGCAUUCGUAUGUGCAGCUUUGAACGCAAAUAAACUCGUGAUAUGGUUAAAGUUGAUUCUGCAAUGCCAGUAUCUCCUGGAAAAUUAUUACCUUUCGUGGAGCUACGUUGUAAAGACAGGUUUCCAAGACGCGUUUCACACCUUGGAUCGCCUUACCAGUUACAAGUUCGAUUUGCCGGUGGACUUGGCGGUGCGACAGUUUCAGAAUAUAAAGGACGCAUUUUGAUUGUACAAUCUUGUCAUUAUCGUCUCAUGCAAAUGACAAUGUAGGAUGUAAACCGUAUAUAUACUUUCAGUAUUUUCUGUAACAUAAGCCAAUAUGUACAAGUGAGGGACAACGGUAUGCAAGUAGAGUCACUAAAAAUAGAAUACUUAAUUAGUUCUCUCGAGUUCAGAAACGCGUUGAGAGAUGUGAAAGUAAUUUAAAUACAAACGCUCGAAUGUGUUGAGCUCUUUCAGAGUUAUCAAAGUCAUUAAUUUCUAUUGAAAUAACGUUUCUACUAAAUGUAAAUUGAAUUUUUAAAACUAUUUGACUCAAUAUCUUAUAACAUUUUCUUGGUACUUUUAAUCCAAGAGAAAUAUUUAAGUGCUCCGUUUUUAGAAACUCACGCUGUAUACGAACACGUAAAGAACCGUUUAAAGUAUCGAUAUCGCAAAAACAUUUCUUUUUUUAGAGUCCCCUAAGUGUUCACUAUAUCAAAUGCAUUUAGAGAGUUGAAUUGCAAUAACUAAUAGGUGUAAUGAUUAUUUACUUUCUAAGGCAUCAUCAGUAUUUGUAUAGAUGAGUUGUAAAUGUACAAAUGUGCUUUUGUUUUUGCUUGUUGAACGAUAGGUAAUAUAUAUACAUAUAAUUUGCAUAUUUUAAUUAAACCCUAAUCGAAAUCUAUAUUGUAUCUAUCGAGAUAUUUUCCACCGCAGUACAGAUGUAAAUGCAACGCAUUGCCUGACGUGUUAAAGAUGCAAGAACUGAAUCGAAGCUAGUCACUUCGAAAAAGAGCCAUUCCAUAUUUUGAACAUUUGCGCCAAGUAUCACUAUAUUUAUGAUGCAUUUAUGAAAGGAGGAAGCGUACCAAAGAGAUACGUAAUAUUAUAAUCGCAACUAGAGACUUGCACUGAGCACUGUUUAUAUCGUAAGGCGUUUUAUGUAUAUGUAAACACGUAAAUUAGCGAUAAUGUAAUAUGUAUAUACGAGAUGUGCAAACCCCCCAAACCUGCUUUUUAUAAAAAAAAAAAUGAAUUAUUUUAGAUUAGUUCUAUAUAAGCAGAUAGAAAAACGGAUAGAGGAAAGCACAUAUGGUUACAGAAAAUAUACUUAUGAUGCAAGGAACGACGUUAAUUAUAACAUUCCUAGGCAAUUUCCCUAUUAGAAUAAUUAAUAUAACACAUUACAUAUAGUUUUAAUUUAAGCGACAAUCAAUUCCUAGAAUCCUGAAGGAUGUUCAGAUAUCUUAUAUGCGACACAAGGCGCAAUAGAGUAGUGGAGAAAAUAAUUCGGAGUAAUACGAAAUUGGUUGUUUAUUUCUUGCCAAGGUUGCACACAUCGGGAUAGAGUUUCAUAUUUUUUCUCGAGGCGUUCGUAGUACAGUUAGACCGAUUAUUGGAUUUAGCGUGACACAAUUAGAGUCUACAACGGAAAGAGCGAUCUGAACGGUACAGCUGGGUAUUAUGUAAUACAGUAGAAAUAUAGGUAUAUAAACGGUAUUGUCAGCGGUACAGAGACUCGUGAUAGACACAUUAUCGAUUAUUUACAAAAAUCAUUACACCGAUUAUCUGCUGGAAGAAUUCGCAUGAGUUACGUUACGUCGUCGGGUUGCCGUCGUAUUCACGUCAAUCACCGAAGAAUGGGGUUCGCGUCGAUAUCGGCAAUUAUGUACGAACCCAACAGGUAUACAUGUAGUGGCAGUAAAUUUUUUUUGUUGGUCACGGACGCAUACGCGCUUGUCGCACUGAUAACAUGAUUUAGAAUUUUCACAAAAAAAGCAUGUACGCAUGUACAUACAUUUCAGGAAGUAUAUCGGAUCGACCGAAAGGCAUUUGUUCAUUUUUUUCUCUUGUAGUACGAUGUUACACUAAGAGAACAAUGAACGUGAAUUCAAAAUAAAGCAAAAAAUUACAGCUUAUUGAUUGAAGUCUAUAAAAUAGAAUAAGCCAUAAGUCCAAGAUUAGCGUUGGCUGUUGGAAUAAUUCUGCGUUUUAUUGAUAAGAAACUGAUAUUACGGUAUAAGUAGCAUCUCAGCUAGACGACCGUCUUGUAUACAACUCGUGUUCUUUUUCUUGACACUUUAAUGACACCUAUAGGUAAUUAUUUGCUUACUAAAGUGCUCUUUUCUUUUCUUCUUUUUGUGAAAACUCUGAACACCCGCGUACGGUACUA